ACGGUUUCUAAUAUGUUGGAAUUCUUUGUUACUAUUCCUUAUUUUUAUUGUCUGUUCUUUAUUGCCUGAUAUUGUGCAAGGACCUUCAAAUCUACGGCUAGCGGGCGUGCGGGUGCAAUAAAAUGAAAAGAAACGAAGAGUAGGAGUGGUGGUAGACCGUAUUUUAUGUAAACGCAUCACUAGAAGAGGGAGGUUAUAUAAGUAUCACGAGUCAACCUGUUCAUUCGAGUUCCCGUUCCAGUUCUUUGUAAAUCGACGCGAUCUGUACAAGAUGCACUAUUUAAUACGUAUGUUGGUCAUCGUCAAUAAUAUUAUAUAUGUAACGCUAGUUCAGAUAUUUUCGUUUAUUCGGUGCAAGAAACCAUCGAGUAUACCGCCGAUAAAAGAUUCCUUAUUAAUGAUAAGUGCUACUGAGCUUGCUGAGAAAAUUAGGGAGAGAAAGUGCACGAGCUAUAAUGUGGUGCGCGCAUACAUUGAACGAAUCAAGGAAGUAAAUCCUUAUGUCAAUGCCGUCGUCGACGAUCGAUACAAGGAAGCUUUGGCCGAGGCAAAAAAUUGUGACGCGUUGUUAAGAUCCAGUAAUAUUGACAUCGCAACGUUGAAGAAAGAAAAGCCGCUCCACGGCGUGCCGUUUACCGUUAAAGAAUCUUGCCCCGUUGAAGGUCUCAGCCAUACGGGAUGCACCUUGACUCUCAAAGGAAGGAAAGCGAGCAGCGAUGGCGAGGUCGUUAAGAUAUUACGAGACGCCGGUGCAAUUCCGCUAUGCGUCACCAAUACCGCGGAAUUUUGCGGCGGUUACGACAGCUAUAAUUUCCUGUAUGGCCGUUCGUAUAACCCCUACGAUACGAGAUAUACAAGUGGCGGCUCGUCCGGCGGUGAGGCCGCGUUACUUGGAGCAGGAGCUUCUGUGAUCGGAAUUGGUUCAGACUUAGCCGGUUCUGUCAGACUGCCGGCAUUCUUCUGCGGAGUCUUCGGACUAAAACCCACGCCGAAUGUCAUUCCGAAUAGAGAUCAUUUUCCAUCGAACGAUGACGAAGGUUUUCGAAAUUGUCUGACCUUCGGCCCGAUGACUAGAUACGUAGACGAUCUCAGCUUAUUUAUGGAAUUGGUAUCGACAAAGACCAAUUGUAAUUUGCGCUUGGAUGAGCUGGUUGACUGGAAGCAAACAAAAGUGUAUUACCGGCAAAAUCUAGGUAAAUCGUUUGGCAUUUUGUCGAUAUCGCCGGAACUCGAGCAAUGCGUUUUGAAAGCUGCUGAUUAUUUCUCCAAACGCGAUGUUCACACGGAGAAGAUACCGAUAGAAUGGCCAGCCUCAUUACUUGAAAUGAUAAUGUCGCCAUUCAUGCACAUGAAGAAGAUUGAUGCACUUAUAGAUAUUAAAAAUCCAAAGCUCAAGAAGAAUCCAAUGUUGGAAAUGAUAAAAGCUGUGUUCGGGCUAUCAAAUCAUACAAUAUCUCUGCUAUAUUUUAUGUUGCUGCAGGAAUUUUUUCAAUUUGCAAGAGGAAGGACGUUUGAUUAUUUGCAGGAGUUUAAGGAGUUUCAACAAAAGCUGCAGAAGGUGUUGGGGACAGAUGGAUUAUUGAUUUAUCCAACUGUCCGAGUUACUGUACCUUUUCCAGAAUUAAUCCUUGGUGAAGUAGCAAAUAACACACCAUACCUUAUUUUGGCUAAUGUUCUUGGUUUUCCUGCGGUGCAAGUACCAAUGGGACUCAACAAGAAAGGAAUGCCCAUAGGUGUUCAGAUAAUUGCUGCACCACAUCAAGACCGUCUUUGUUUAGCAGCUGCAAAGGAGUUGGAGACAGCCUUUGGUGGUUGGGUGCCACCUUCAAUAUCAAUAAAUCAAUGAAGCGAAUAUUGAUAUUUUUUAAUUUGUCUUGUGAAGAUUUAUGAAGGAAAUAUCUCUGCAUCGAAUUGCUUGUACAUUGGUAUUUGUAAAUAUCUUAUUUUAUUUAGAG